CUGGCACUCGCUGCUAUAGACUUUCAAAACUGGGCUCCUCCGGGGAAGAAUGAUGUUCGCGGGCCUUGCCCCGCUAUGAACAGCCUCGCCAACCAUCACAUUAUAAACCAUGAUGGAAGGAAUCUCACUGUCCCUGACCUCGUCAAUGCCUUGACGCAAACCUUCAACCUGAGUCCCGAGCUCGCCACUAUCGUUUCACAACUUGGUCUCCUCACGAAUCCUGAAGGUGCUGCAACUGGCAGAUUUGAUCUUCCACAUCUAAACAAGCAUAAUGCUUUUGAGCAUGAUGCGUCCUUGUCCCGAGUGGACUUUGCCUUCAGUGGCGAGAAGGGUGUUGCCAAGUUCGACAAAGCAACUUUUGCUCGAUUCUUCAAACACUUUACCACCGAUUACAUUACGCUUCAGCAAGCGGCUGCUGCCCGCUACGCCAUGGUUCAGUGGUCUCGUAAGAAUACCCCGGGCUUCACGUAUGAAUCCCAACAUCAAAUCACGAGUUACGCCGAGACAAUAAAGUACAUGAAGACAAUGGUCGAUGGCACCGGAAAGACGAAAAGGGAGUUUGUCCGAAUCCUCUUUGAACAAGAGCGUCUUCCAUUCAGGGAGGGGUGGCGACCCCCGAAAGAUCAAGUCAAU